UCAAAUCUGACUGAAGUGCAUGAUCGAAACUCGAUUUUCUCUAGUUCAGCUCUAGUACAGACGCUGAGACUACAGCCAGUACAGGGCGAGUGUAAUGAGACCUAAAUUCUGAGCUGAACUAGAUUCUCUCCUGAGUCCUAGUGACUGUGAUUUGUGAAACUGGACUGGUUUUCCGAAACCUUCAAAAAAUUUUAAACGAUCUCCGGCUGAUAAGAGGCCGUAAUUUGUGGCAAAUUAUAGGUCUAUUCCGCUUUUAAAUACAUGUAUAUGUUCACUUUUAAAUCAAUAUCAUUACAUCCCAAGUCAAAAAUGAGGGACACUGCAUGGAGUUUAUAGAAGUGAAAUGGGGUUUAACGUCCUACUGUUAUGCUCUGCUCUGCUCUGAUUGGGCUAUGAGGGACAUUUUGCCUGGACAGCAGCACUACAACUGUCAAAUGAUCUUUUUAUGUGAACGCCAAUUAUAAGUUUGUAGUUUGGAUAUUCAAGAGAAAUAAUUAAAAGCUAUGCUCCUGUCCGGAAUCAAACCCACCACUCCAACUCCAAGCAUAAUAUCAAUAAUAGUGUAUAUUUACAAUGCGCAAAUUUAUGCAUGCUCAAAGCGUGACAUCUUUCACUAUUUACACAACAGUAUAUUCGGUCAAGUACAACAGUAUUCACAUUUAAACAGAUGAGUCUUUAAUCUCGAUUUGAAUGAUUUCAGUGAAGAGGUGGAAUUCCAUAGAUUUCGAGCACUGAACCGGAAAGAUUUAUAUCCAAAAGUUGGAAGGUUAAAGUUGGGAACUUCUAUUAAAUGCUGGUCUUGGGAUCUUGGUUAGACUAGUUCCAUUGAGAUAUCUAUAUACAUGGCAAAGAAUUUUGUCGUGGAUUCUCGAAUGGACAGGUAGCCAGUGAAGAUCUUUUAACAAUGAUUGGUUAUGUACUUGUUUUGAAGCAAGACUAUCCUGGCAGCAGUAUUUUGAAUAAUUUGCAGUUUUGAAAUUAAGUUGUGAUUUAGACCACUCAAGUCUAGAAGUAGAAAAGACUAGUCAUCUAACGAGUAUGUGAGCAGAGUCUUUUGUAAGGAGAUGUCUGAUAUUGCCAUUAGCUCUCAAAUGAAGGUCCUAUACAGAGUCUAUGGUAUGGAGUCUAUAUGGACAGUAUUUAUAGCAGGCAUUAGACCAAAUAGAAAAAGGGAAACAGGAUUUCUUUUUGGAACAAUAAACCAGGAGAACAAAUCAGUUUGUGUGCUUGAGGUUAAUCAAAAUGAACAUUGUGAUAAUGAAUUACAACUUAUUGGAAAACAGCAAUCCUUUUGCCACCAAAAUCUAGACAAGCAAGAAGAUGUUUGGGUGAUCAUUUCUGUCAGUGAUUUUGAUUUGGUUGAUUGUAGUGUUUAUGUGAAAAGUGAGAGGAUGAAAUGUACAUGCGUUUUGUAUAAUCCCCAAGAAUUUCAGGAAUCUUACCUCUUUUUGGAAAAAGCCCAUGCAGGAGGUCAACAAAAUGUAGAAGAUAUUUUGUCAGGAAACAUCCAACAAUCUGUGAUAGAAGAUGUGUGUCACUCACUGAAAUUCACUAGCUCUCCAAAAAAGCAAAUAUUUGACUAUAGUUUAAAUUUUGUAUUUAAGAUAGUUCAGAUCAUUCUGCGAUACCUUGGUAUUAUUGCUUUAUCAGAAUUUCUAGUGAAUUGUUCACAGAUAUUAUACAAAAGAAUGGCUGUCAGCCUAGCUCAAGGACAUAUCAUGUGUCCAUCCUUUUUAUCCCAGAUGAAAAGAAGAGCUGAUGUUUUUCUAACUAUAUCAGAAUACCACAAACAGACUCCAAUCAUGAAAUUAAGGUAUCAAAAUCGAAUAUGGAGCCAGAUAGUAGAUUGUCUAUUAGGGAUUUUGUUGCUAAUGCUGUUAUGGCAAUUUGAUUUGCAUAAUAAAUUGGUUAAUUUUACUCUACAGUGGACUCAUGAUAUAGCUGGGAAAUUAACGGAUUUAAUUCACCGGUUAAUGGGAGCACCUGCUGGUUUAAAGUUAAAUGUACAAUUAACUCAGUUGAUGGGUCAAUUCUUUCUUUACCAUAUUGAUCUGUGGACAGGUUAUGUUGCAUUAGUACAACCAAUCUUAUCAUCAUUAGUAUAUUUAUCUAUCCCAAUCAGUAUACUAGGAUUAUCAUUUCAACUUAGUCUUCUACAAGAUAUAGUGUCUAUGUUAACCUUACAUAUUUACUGUUUCUAUGUUUAUGCUGCAAGAAUAUACAGUAUGGAGAUAUCGGCUGUUGCUGCUUUAUGGAGAUUAUUUCGUGGUAAAAAAUGGAAUAUUUUACGUGAAAGGGUUGACUCUGCUUCCUAUGAUGUUGAUCAGCUAUUUUUUGGAACGCUAAUACUGACCAUAUUAGUUUUCUUACUACCAACAAUUAUAUUAUAUUACCUUGUAUUCCUCACAUUGAGAUUUAUAGUAUUGACUAUCCAAGGUAUUUUAUCUUUGUGUGUCCAGAAAUUAAAUACAGUACAAAUUUAUACUAUAGUAGCAUGGAUAUUCAAGUCUAACUCAAUAUCAGGGAGUGUUAUAUUUAAUGUUGUACCAUGCAGAAGUCGUCAACAAAGUGAAUAUUGUCUCCUUCUAUCAAUGGAGACUGCUCAGCUGCCCCUGAAAACAAUAUUUGAAAUUACAAAACAAGAUGAAUUUUCUGAAGACAGUACCUGUAGCUUGUCUUUAAUAUUCUCUAAAGUAUUAAAUGGAAAACUUUUGUUUCCAUGGAAUAGUUCCAGUUUAAAAGAAAAACAGGAAUAAAAGUAUAUAUACAAAGUGAGCAGAAUGUUUAAGAGGGAAGACCAAAAUGAAAUUAACAGGAUUAUAAAGCUCCAAAUGAAAGAGUAGACGAAGAAAAUGCCAAAUUUUAUUAAUUAACAACAAAAAAAUAAUCAGAAUUGUGUUUUAAUUAGUCAAUGAUUGCUUUCAGAACUCAAUGGAAAUGGUGUUUAACGCAUUACUUUCCUCACCGAUUGGGUUAAAAAAGACAGGAAAACACUUUAGAUCACACAGUCUGUCAUUGAGUUAAGUGACGUUUUUUCAUUUCCCCACUUGUGGUGACAAGGAGUAUGGUCGCCUGUCCACACAUUUGGGUUUCCUGCCACUGCUAAAGACCCCUACUUGAAAGCAAAUUAUUGAAAUGAAAUUGAACCAUAUGUUUUUAAGACAUUUAUUCUGAUAAAUUGGGUUUUUACUUGUCAUUAUUAUAGACAAUCAUAAUCUCUUUUUUGUUUGUGUGUGGGGGGUAUAACAUGUAAAAUUUAUUAUAGUCACUGACUAAGGUUUACAUGCAGGACUUUUAUAAAUUUACAACUAUUAUCUUAGUGUCAAACAAAUUAUUGUUAUCUACAAACACCUAAAAUCUGAUUUUCACAUUUUUUUUAAAAAUUUAUAUAUUAUUAAUUUUACAUAUUAUUAUAUUUAAAACUGCUUAUUAAAGUUUUUAUUAUUAUUAAAGUCCCCAUGCCCAUUUUGGUCGUAUAUGAAUCACUUGUAAACUACAAUAUUGUGAAAGAUGAAUCUCUGAUAGGAAUAUCAGUCCAAAAACGGUCCAGUUCUUUUCAGGAGUUACAAAGAUAUGUGGAAUUGAAAUUUCAUCCAUCUAUGUAAUUAGCCCUUGGGCAUUUUAUUGUCCACGAAAAUUUAUUGGUUGGCCUUUUUUAAACCCGAUUGAAUCCAAGUGGGGACAUUAUCUAGCUUUAGAAUUUUGAUUUUGUUUUCUUAAUUAAAUAAUCAGUCUGUCUGCAUAAUAUCAUGGAGUAAGUUGUUAGAAAUUGUAUAUUUUAGCGAAAUGCAAAGGGUGCAUCAUUACUUUAAUAUCUUUACCCAUACCAACCCAGAAUUGAAUAUCCGUUGACCAUUAUAUCAUUAAGGUUGUCGAAUCUGAGUGGAUGCCAGCCCACGUUUGAAUAAUUCCUAGUAAAUACAUCGAAAUGAAUAGGUUACAAACAGCUGUUAAAAUAAAGAUGGGCAUAUAAAGCCUUACAUAUAACUUUCAUUUGAUUAUUGGUUUCCAAUUUCCACAAAAUUUAAUAGACGGUGUAGCCACCCGAAACAGGGCGAGAGUAUUCUUGCCACGGUUGCCAAGAGUAAUUCACCACAUACGAACCAUUACAAUAGAAUUCUUUAUAUUUAACUUCGUUGAAAUCGGCUUGGUUAUAUACCAGUCGGGUGUCGAAUGUCUUUGUGAA